AAUACGGUGUAUAUAUACGUUUUGUUAAAUAAGCAUUUUGUAGAGUCUUGCUACAGUAUCAGUGCGUGUGUGGUAUGAAUGAUAUAUAUAUAUACGAAUACACACACACAUUAUAUAUAUAAACUUCCUGCGGUACAACAUCAACAGCAGCAGCAACAACAACAACAGCAACUAAACCGACCGUUACUAUAAGAAUAACAUCAUCAACAUCACAAUCAUCAUCAUCAUCAUCGUCGUCAUCAUCGACGGGAAGAGGCUGGAAAGAGAAGGUGGCGACGGCGAUGGCGAAAGAAACCGGAAAACGACCGUCAAGGAAAGGAUGAACGAUAUAGAAAGAGAGAGAGGAGUAGGAGGAGGAGGAGUAUGUACAAGCAAACCUCAACAGCUGCAACCACCUGUCAAUAUCACCACCCUCACUACCACCAUCAUCAUCACCACAACAACAACUAUCAUAAGAACAUAGCAUUCAACAUCAACAUCAACAUCAUCACCACCAACAACAGUAACAAUAAAAAGUUACGAGCCAAACGUAGGGUCCUCUACGUGGUCGGCGGCCAAUCUGCUAGAAAGAGCAGCCAAGUUUCCCUGCAGCCACACCCAAGGAUCUUAAACAAGUUGGGACACGGUUUGGAUCGGAGGUCUGUCUGUCUACCUGGUGCGUUGUUUUUGAGUAAUUUGAUAUGGUCAUGGUUGGAAGGUCUUUGAUCAUAGAUCGGUCCAAAUUAUGAUCGACCUGGUGUUAAACAACAACAACAAUAGCAACAGCAACAACUAUACAUUAACAACUGCUACAAUUUCAACAAAUCACAAUACUUAAAGAUCAUUCACAAAUAUUGAUAAUAAUAACAACAACAACAACAACAAUAAUAAUAAUGAUAACUGUCGUUACUCCAUCUACAUCAACACUUUCAUUACCAUCGCAACAAUAAUAGCAUCAUCAUCAUCAUCAUCCGCAUCAACUAUCACCACGACUGUAACUACGACCACACACACACACACCACCACCACCACCAUCACAACGUAAUUAAUAUUUAAGAAAGAAGAGGAAGGCGAAGAAGAAGAAGAAGGUGGGAGGGUGGUUGAAUUAAUAAAGACAUUAUUAACACGGCGAAGCGACACAAUGUCGGAUAGGGGUGCUCCCGACCAUCAGCUCCGUCUGGAAUGGGUAUACGGAUACAGAGGUCACCAGUGCCGAAAUAACGUCCACUUCGCGGCCUCGGGUCGAGCGGCCGGUGGCGGUAACAAUGUGGUUUAUUUUGUGGCCGGAGUGGCCAUCGUUUACUCAGUUCGACAACACAGUCAGAAGUUUUAUCUUGGACAUGAUGACGACAUUAUCAGCAUGUGCCUGCAUCCAGAUACAGUGUUGGUGGCCACUGGACAAGUUGGAAAGGCGCCAUACAUUUGUGUCUGGGAUUCCAAUACAAUGAAGACAAUCUCCUAUCUCAAAGACCAGCAUCAACAUGGCAUUGCAGCAAUGAGUUUUGACAAAUGUGGCAAUAGACUGGUCUCUGUUGGCACUGACCCUCAUGCCACCAUCAAUGUCUGGGAAUGGAAAAAAGGAAAGGUUAUAGCAACCACCAGGGGUCACAAUGACAAGGUAUUCGAUAUUCAGUUCAACAUCUUCGAAGAGAACUCGAUCGUCAGUUGCGGAGUGAAACACAUCAAGUUCUGGAACCUGUGUGGCAAUUCCCUUCAAGCUAAGAAAGGAGUGUUUGGUAAAACCGGGGAAAUACAGACGAUGUUGUGCCUGGCCUUCAGUCCUGACCAGACAACUUAUGCUGGGACCCUAUCAGGGGACAUCUAUAUUUGGAAAGGAAGCCAUUUAUACAACACCAUCUCAGAUGUCCAUGAUGGUCCCGUGAACACUUUAUACAUGGGAGAAGAAGGUUAUGUGACUGGUGGCAAAGAUGGAUUGGUCAAACUCUGGGAUGGAGACUUCAAGCUCAUCACAGUCAUCAACAUGACCACUAUCCCAAAUGGUUACAGAGAUUUGUGUGUCCGAAGCGUCUGCUGGAAAGGAGAGAUCAUCCUCGUUGGCACCAAAGGCGGAGAAAUUUUUGAAGUGACCGUCCACGAACGCAACAAACCCCGUUGCUUGCUGCAGGGCCAUGCGGAAGGUGAACUCUGGGCGCUGGCUGUCCAUCCUCGCAAACCGAUCUUUGCGACCGGCAGUGAUGACCAUACGCUGCGAAUUUGGCAAAUGAGUAACUUUGAAAUAUUAUCCAAGACAACAUUGGAACACAAGAUUCGUUCCUGUGCUUUUCGCCACGAUGGAUCAGAAAUUGCUGUUGGUUAUGAUGACGGUUCGUUUGCUGUACUGAAAACCAGGGACAUGGCUGAAGUGAUCCACACUAAAGAUCGUAAAGAAGUCCUACAUGAGAUGAAAUACUCGCCAUGUGGCAAGUACCUUGCUGUGGCCUCCAAUGACAACUACGUUGACAUUUACUCUGCAGACCAACACUACAAGAAGGUCAGUGCCUGUUCUGGGAGCUCUAGUUUCAUCACUCACCUUGACUGGUCAGUUGAUAGUAAAUUCUUACAAACCAACAGCGGAGCCUCUGAAAGACUGAUCUACAGCAUGCCAGGUGGUAAACUGGCAAUGAACCGUGAGGAAGUGGCCAGCAUCCAGUGGGCCACAUUUACUGGUGUUUUAGGGGAUGAGGUCAGUGGAAUUUGGGAGAAGUAUUCAGCCACAAAUGACAUCAAUGCCACGGAUGCCAACUUAGAAGGUCAACUGCUGGUCACUGGUGACGAUUUUGGCCUCGUGAAACUCUUUCGCUACCCAUGCUUCCGGAAAGGAAGUAAAUUCCGAAAGUAUACUGGACACUCCGCCCAUGUCACAAACGUCCGAUUCUCUCACGAUAAGCAACGAGUCAUCACCAUUGGAGGCGCUGACCAUGCUGUAUUCCAGUGGAAGCUGGUCAAUCCGGGAGAGUCUCUGGCAUCGGGAGAUUCACCUCUACAGCUUGAAUCCAAUAGUGAGGACAGUGAUUCUGAAUUGUCCGAUGUGGCUGCCCUAGAUUCUGACCUCGAGGCCGAGAAACAGGUCACUUACACCCGGAAGGUUUACCAGGAAGACCUCACCACACUGCGUCGGAUGUCACGGAACGAACUGAAAACUGUGGACAAGAGACAGAACGGGCCAGAUCGAGGACUCAAACUGGAAUAUGUCCAUGGCUACCGGAGCUACGACUGUCGCAACAACGUCUUCUACACCCAGUCCGGCCGUCCCGUCUACCACAUCGCGGCUGUUGGCAUCGUCCUCGACCGACAAAACAACAAACAACAGUUCUACCUGGGGCACGACGAUGAUGUGCUUUGUCUUUGUAUUCACCCAACCAAAAAUCUCGUUGCCACUGGACAGGUUGGCCGAAACCCUUCUGUCCACGUCUGGGACACUGAUACCUUUAAAUCCGUAUCAAUAUUAAAAGGACAACAUCAACGAGGAAUUUGUGCUGUGGAUUUCUCUUGUGAUGGCAAGAAGUUGGCAUCUGUGGGACUGGAUGAUGACCACACCAUCGUAGUGUGGGACUGGAAAAGAGGUGAAAAACUUGCUACUGCAAAAGGAUACAAGGACAAGGUAUUUGUCAUUAAGUGGAACCCUUUUGAUGACAACCAGCUGGUUAGUGUAGGGGUGAAACACAUCAAGUUCUGGACACAAACAGGUGGAGGGUUUACAUCUCACCGUGGUGUAUUUGGUAAAGACUCCAAGAUCUGUGACAUGCUUUGUAUCAGCUUUGGUAAAUCUGUGGAAUGCUGUUUUUCUGGAGGCAGUGAUGGGAAUGUGUUUGCUUGGUUUGGUAACUCAAUCCAAAGAACCGUCAAAGCUCAUGAAGGACCUUGUUUUGCCAUGCACUCUUUGGAAAAGGGCUUCGUCACAGGUGGGAAAGAUGGUAACGUGUCUUUAUGGGACAGUGAAUUCCUCCAGUGUCUUCGGACGUAUUCCAUAAAACGGUCGUCAUUCACCAAAGGCAUGCAUGGUGUGCUGGUCGAAGACUUCCCGGCUGUCCGAGCGGUCAUUCUUGGACAUGGUAAGAUCCUGGUUGGGACAAAGAAUGGAGAAGUGCUGGAAAUAGAAAAAGACGGUCCAAUGACAAUUCUAACACAGGGUCACAAAAUGGGUGAAGUAUGGGGCUUAGACACACACCCUUCCAAGAAGAUGUGCGCCACAGUCAGCGAUGACAAAAGCCUUCGUCUCUGGGACGUCAGCAACCAUUACAUGGUGAAUUUCAAGCGGUUGAAGAUUGCAGCCAGGUGUGUGAGUUUCUCACCAGAUGGCAGUGUCAUCGCUGUUGGAUAUAAGGACGGUAGUUUUGAAGUUGUCAAUGUGGACACGAUGAAUGAGGUUGCAUCGUACCAUCACAGGAAAGAGGAAAUAUCAGACAUCAAAUUCUCACCAAACCCUGGCAAGUAUUUGGCUGUUGCAUCCCAUGACAACUUUGUAGACCUAUACAACACGGACAGCUUAAAGAGGGUCGGCAUCUGUAAGGGCUGUUCCAGCUACAUCACACACAUUGAUUGGGAUAAAGAAGGUAGAGUCAUAAUGGUAAACUCUGGUGCCAGAGAACAACUGUUUUUCGAAGCUCCAAGAGGGAAACGAUUUAACCUGAGACAAGCAGAAGUGGACAAAUUCCACUGGGCCAGUUGGACAUGUGUCCUCGGCACCACCUGUGAGGGCAUUUGGCCCAGCAAGGCUGACAUCACCGAUAUCAAUGCCACAUCCUUGUCCAAUGACAAGACUCUCCUGGCAACGGCCGACGACUUUGGAUUAUUGAAAAUUUUCCAGUUCCCAGUCAAGGGUCAGCUUGCUAAGUUCAAGAAAUACACUGGACACAGUGCCCAUGUGACCAACGUCCGAUGGUGUUUUGAUGACCAAAAGCUUGUCACCGUCGGUGGCGCUGAUAUGUCUGUGAUGGUGUGGGCUGCCACUAAUCCAGCAGCAAAAGCUGAUAUCUGCCGAGGAGACAGUGAUGACUCACAGACAGAUUCUGAUGAAGAAGGUUAUGACAGCGAUGUUGAUCGAGAGAAGAACAUGGACUACAGCAGCAAGAUCUAUGCUGACUCUCUACAUCGGAGGGAAGGCAUCAGACCCAACAUGGUCUGCGCAAACGGAGACUUACACACCAAUGCAUCGUCUGUCACUCGGAAUUUGAACCCACCUCCUAAGGUUUUGAACAACGAAGCGUUCAUGAACAGCAAGAAGAAGAGAACAGCCCCAGUGUCUGGCCUCGUGUUAGACCACGUGCAUGGUUACCGAGGUUUCGAUGCACGCUGCAACCUGCAUUACCUUGACGACAGCGGAGAUGUUGUUUUCCACACGGCUGGAGUUUGUAUAGUACAGAACAUCGCAACUGGAACCCAGAGUUUCUACACAGGACACACAGACGACAUCCUGUGCCUCAGCGUCAACUCCCACCCGAGAUUCAAAAACACAGUGGCCAGCGGUCAACUUGGUAACCCACCCUGCAUACAUAUAUGGGAAGCUUACAGUAAAGAGACUCUGUCCAUUUUGGAAGGCGUUCACAGCAAAGGAACUUGUUCUUUGGAUUUCUCCAGCACCGGACGGUACCUAAUUUCUGUAGGUUUAGAAUCCGAACACAAAAUCGCUCUUUGGAAAUGGCAAGAAGGUACACAAGUUGCUUGUGCCAACGGCCAUACUGACCGAAUCUUCCGAGCUGAAUUCCGGCCAGACUCUGACCAUGAGAUUGUUAGUGUUGGAGUUAAGCACGUCAGGUUUUGGACAGUGACUGGCAGCCAACUGGUCGGGAAGCGAGGAAUCCUCACAAACUGCACUGAUGGAGGUAACCCCUGCAAAAUGCAAACCAUGCUCUCUGUGGCCUUUGCAAAUAAUAACACCACCUACACAGGGGCCCUAAGUGGUGAUGUCUACGUCUGGAAGGACCAUACUCUUUUACGCCUGGUAAUCAAGGCACACACUGGGCCUGUCUUCUCCAUGUUUACCACUAUUAAAGAUGGAUUAAUUGUAACUGGUGGCAAGGAACCCCUUACAGCUGAAAAUGGUGCAGUGAAGUUGUGGGACCAAGAAAUGAAGAGAUGUCGUGCAUUCCCUCUUGUGGAUAGUGGCAGUAAAAUGAUUGUGGUCAAAUCCGUUUGUCGGGCCAAGGGUAAAAUUCUUGUUGGAACACAUUUGAAUAACGUAUAUGAAAUUACCGAGAAGAAUGGAAUCACAAAACCCUUAGUAACGGGCCAUGGUGAGGGCGAAGUAUGGGGCCUUGACGUUCAUCCAAAGAUCUCCUACUUCAUUACUGGUAGUUUUGAUGGAACUGUCCGAGUCUGGGACCUUUCAACGAAAGACUUGAAGGCUAAGCUACAUGUUGGUCCUGUCCGUGCUGUGGCGUAUAGUCCUGCUGGUGACUUGAUUGCAGUUGGUCUGAAGAAUGGAGAGUUUAUCUUGUUGAACAGUGAGGAUAUGAAUUUCUGGGGAAAGAAAAGGGACCGGUCAGCUUCUGUCAAUGACCUCAGGUUCAGCCCUGAUGGCAAGUUCUUAGCUGUGGGCACUGAGGACAAAUUCGUAGACUUCUAUGACCUGACCCAAGGAAGGAACCUUAGUAGAAGUGGGCUCUGUAAAGGGGUCCCUAGUGCCAUUUUGAAGAUGGAUUUUUCUGCUGAUAGUAAUUAUAUUAAGGUUGGCACUGAAGCGUAUGUGGAGAAGAUAUAUACAGUACCUGGUGGCAAGCUGGUUGAGAACCCUUCUAUUACUGAUUCCAUUGUAUGGAGCUCCUGGACAAGUAUUCUUGGCAAAGAAGUAUUAGGAAUUUGGCCAGAAAAUUCCGAACGAGGGGAUGUGAAUUGUUGUCACCUUUCAAGUUCAAAUAAAACCUUAGCAACUGGGGAUGAUUUUGGAUAUGUGAAGCUCUUUGAAUUUCCAUGCGAACAGAAAUAUGCACCAUUCCAGAAAUAUAUCGGACACUCAGCGCAUGUGACCAAUGUCCACUUCACUCCCACGGGACGUUACCUCAUCAGUACUGGAGGAGAUGAUUGUAGUGUUUUUAUAUGGAAGUGCAAAUAAACUGAGCCGGCAACACCCAUUGAGUCUUCUGAGCCCUGAAUUCUUAAAUUCUUCAAUUAGCUACAGUUUUCACUCACACACACAGAUACACACACACACACACACAUACAAAGACAUGCACACAUACGCACAUAUUCAUAUACACACACAUAUGAACUCACGCACACAAACAUACACACACAUACACAAACAUGCACACAUACAC